AAACGUGGGUUUGAGCAGCGGAUGAGGGAUCUGGCAUUAGAGUGACUUAGAGAGAUAAGGAGAUGGCUGCCCUGCCUGCAAAGGCCAAAGUAAAAGAGAUUUGAGAUGUAGGUGGAGUUAGUGUAGAUCAGGGGAGGGUGAGAAAAGAGAGUUUGAACAUGUGCAGAGAAGUGUGAGGAGUGAGGGCAGAGCUGCGCUGGGUUGUAGGUUUUUUACAGAAGAGCGAGACCGACCACACAGCAGUGACAGAGAAAGGAAGUGUGAUAAUCGGCCUGGGAAAUGACUGUGUGAAUUAUUUGCUGUUCCGUUCAGAGGCUGGGCUGUUCUUAAACCAAAAUGAACACUGAUGGCAGCAAACAGCGUUAUGUGUCAACCUUCAGGAUGCACAUCAAGCCGCCCGGUGCAUCGUCUGCAUCAGGGAAUGGGCCAGGAACUAUUGACGCCACUUCGGAUACUGCCACAGGGUCUGUUAACCUCUCCUCUAGUAAACAUCUGGAUCCCCCUGCCUUCAUAGAGCCACUGCAGGACUGCUGCGUGGACGAGGGACAUGACUUCACACUGCGGGGGGUUCUCACUGGAAGUCAGCCAAUCAAAGUGUGGUGGUUGCACAAUGCAGGUGAAGUGGCUCGUUUUGGGAAUCCUUCCUUCAAUGGCAGGGAGAUGAGUUUUGUGGUGAGGGAGUGCUUGCCAGAAGAUGCUGGCGCCUACACGUGUUUGGCAGAGAACAGUGCAGGGAAGACAUCCUGCUGCGCUGCUGUGUUCGUCAGAGACUUUGAAACUAUCUGCGGUGUUCUUAAUGGCGUCUCAAAUAUCUCGACUUCUGCAUCCAAGAGCAGUGUGGAGAAUGGAAGUUCACCCGAGUCUCCCAAAGACGAGCUACAGAAGUUCAGAGGAUCUAUUUGUACUUCCCCUACAGACUCUGAUAAUCUCAGCCCAGUCUCAACUCCAAGAGAAGUCAUCCCAAAGAAGAGAGCCAACUCGGGGACAGGUUCAGCAUUACAUUUUGAAAACCCUCCACAGCACCUCGAGGUGAAGGUGGGACAAGCUACUCGUGUGAUGUGUUUUUUCGCCGGCAGUCCUCCUGUAGUGUCGUGUUGGAUCAGAAACAAAGAACAGAUAGUGGAUGGUCCAGAGCUGUGGUCAGAAAAUACAGAUCGGAGUAGUACACUGGUCAUAGCAGAGGCUAAACCACAGCACACAGGCCGCUACACUGUUGUAGUGAAGGACCGCAAGAGCUCAGCACAACACACGCUCACCCUCUCUGUCAUAGAGAGGCCUCAGCCUCCAGCCUCCUGUCCUGUGAUCUCCCUCGUCUCUGCCACCAGCCUUGUGCUGUCCUGGUCGGGCCCCUGCUACGACGGCGGCAGUGCCGUCUUGGGUUAUGUGGUCGAGGUAAAGAGCCAAGGAAGUGUUGACCCUGGGGAUUGGAGCGAGCUCACUGCCCAGUGUAAGAGUACCUCAUACAGAGUGUCUUCUGGGCUGCAGCAUCAACAGGAAUACUGGUUUCGAGUAAGGGCUUACAACGCAGUGGGAGUAAGUGAGCCAGGACCAGUGUCACCAGUGGUUAGGAUGGAGCAGCAAGACAAGCCACAAGAAGAGGAGGCCCCUCAAGCGUUUUGCUGUGUCUCUAUUGACUCAUCACAAAAAGUCACAGAUCACUACAUUUUGCAGGAGAAACUGGGAAUGGGAAAGUUCGGCCUGGUGUUCAAGCUACGCCACAAAGAGACAGGACGUGUGUGUGCUGGGAAGUUCUACAAAGGCCGACGUGCCAAGGAGAGAGAGGCUGCUCGUAAAGAGAUAGAGUUGAUGAACUUCCUCCACCACCCCAAACUAGUUCAGUGUCUCGCUGCGUACGAUCAUAAACCUGAGAUGGUCAUGGUAAUGGAGUUUAUCGCAGGCGGGGAACUGUUUGAACGUAUUGUGGACGACCGCUUUGAGCACACCGAGCCUGCCAGCGUGCGCUACAUGCAGCAGAUCCUGAAAGGGAUUGCCUUCAUGCAUCAGCAGAGCAUCGUCCACCUGGACCUCAAACCUGAAAACAUUGUGUGUGUUGACACCCAUGGCACCUCCAUAAAGAUCAUUGACUUCGGAUUAGCCAGCAGGCUCGAUGAAAACACACCUCUGAAGGUGAUGCAUGGGACUCCAGAGUUUGUGGCACCUGAAGUGAUCAACUAUGAGCCUGUGUUUUUGACCACUGACAUGUGGAGCAUAGGAGUCAUCUGCUACAUACUACUGAGUGGUGAGUCUCCAUUCCAGGGUAGCAGCGAUGCAGAGACCCUCACCUUGGUCACAGCUGCCCAGUGGGAAUUUGAUGAAGAGAGCUUUGAUGAGAUUACCGACGAGGCCAAAAAUUUCAUCAGCUCCCUGCUUAACAAGGACGCCAGGCGGAGGAUGACCUGUGAAGAGGCACUUGCCCACCCGUGGAUGACAUUUGACUCUAAAGCUCUGGCCAUCACCAAGAGUCUGUCCAAGGAUAAGAUGAAGAGGUUUCUAGCGAGGCAGAAGUGGAAGAAAACCGGUAAGGCCUUGUUAGCCCUGAAGAGAAUGGCUCUACGGUCUAAAAGUGACAGCUCUGUAUCUCCUACCAGCCCUGCAGAAGAUUUACCCCUGAGCCCAGAGGCAGAGCAUGCCUUGCAGUCUCUGGAGCACAAGUUGCAGGGGCCACCACAGUUCACCCAGCGCCUGGAGGACCAGACAGUGGCUCAGGGUUCCAGUGCCCGUCUCUCGUGUCACCUCACAGGUUACCCUGACCCAGAGGUGGUGUGGCUGUGUGGUAAAGAGCCCGUGGUGGAGUCACCCACAGUGCAGAUAGAGUACGAGGACGAUGGCCGCUGCACCUUGGUCUUAGCCAAAGUUGGCCCAGAGGACACCAAUGUUUACACCUGUACAGCCACCAAUGACCACGGGGAGGAAUGCUGCUCAGCCAAACUCAUUGUUCAAGAGUAGAUUCAUUAUAUCUACAUAUGCAGAGAUAAAAAUGUAUAAACAUGUUCUUGAGUGCCUUAAACUGUUGUAUUGUACAUUGUUUUAAUACAAAUGGGGACCAGCUGUACUUUGGGUGGAAAAUAUAUAUUACAUGUAUUGUACAAAAUGUAUGAACAGAUGAAUAUUGUUACAGAGCUACAAGCAUAUAUAAAGGUUGAAAUUCCUUCAGGGGACUAUGGUAUGGUUGUAUUGUUUUAACCAAUGUGUUGUUUCAGCUAAAACCAUGAAUCUAUUUCUUAUUUUGUAAUUUCAAGAUUCCCUUCCAAACAUACUGUAUCAGCUGACGACAUUAAUUCAUUUGCUUAUGAGCAAACAGGCCUGAGAUGUUUGGAUCUGGCUUGCAAUUUCUGAUAUAUUUUUAGUUUUUGACUUGGAAAAAGAUGUCUGCACCUAUUUCCACGAAAAUACUUUAUAGUAAAAACAUUUCUCAAUAAAUCAAGUUUGUUUUGUGUAACAGAAAA